AUUGGGGUAAAGAAGGCAAUUAUAUAGCGCUGGUCGCCAGGAAAAUGAAGAUCUACUUGGUGGAAUUUGACACUGUUAUAUGAGCAAGGCACCUUGAGCUUUUAAGGCUCAAAUUCUUGAUCAACGUCGUUCUUCAACAAGAUUGACAUUGAAGCUCGUCGACAAACUUUCGACUGUGCGAAAUGAGUGCCGCAAUCCACCCGCUCGCUCCUCUGAGCGCGAGCGAAAUCGUCACCGGUUCUAAGCUCAUCAAGGAACUGUACCCGGCCGAAACCGAUAUCCACUUCAAAGCUAUUACCCUUGCAGAGCCUGCAAAGCAAGAAGCUAUACCUUUCCUAAACGCUGAACAUAACGGAAAGCCACUUCCUACAAUCCAUAGAAGAGCCUUCGUAUGCUACUAUAUUCGGAAUACAAAUAAGCUCCAUGAAGCUGUAGCGAAUCUCUCGCUGAAAAGGGUCGAGAGCAAUGUGCGAUUGGGCCCUAAUGUCCACAGUUCGGCGGACGGGGAGGAAAUUAUCGCGGUCGAGAAAGUUGCGUUAGCCGAUGAAGGCGUCAAGGCUGAGAUUCGCAAACUUCACCUUCCCGCGGGCACUGUGGUCAUUUGUGAUCCUUGGAUUUAUGGUUCAAACGGCAUCGAUGACGAUAAUCGAAUGUAUCAGUGCUUUCUUUAUAUGCGAGACCCGUUUAACUCUUCGGAGGCAGACUCCAAUCAUUAUGCUUUGCCCCUUGCAAUUUCUCCGGUCGUUGAUACCGUGACAAUGCGCGUUAGCAGGAUAGACCAUCUACCAACGGGGGCUGAUAACACUGUCAAACCGACAGUGCCUUAUAAGUUGAAGCCUGCAAACGAGUAUAUUCCAGAGGCUCAGGUGCUCCGUACUGAUCUCAAGCCUCUAAAUGUCGUCCAACCGGAUGGCGCAAGUUUCAAAGUGUCUAAACAAGAGACCAGCUCAGUCAUCGAUUGGCAGAAAUGGAGAUUUCGCGUUGGUUUUAACCAGAGGGAGGGGAUGGUUCUGUAUGAUGUACGCUACGAUGAUCGCAGUCUAUUCUACCGUUUGUCUCUCUCCGACAUGAACAUUCCAUACGCGGAUCCACGAACUCCCUUCAAUAGAAAAGCAGCAUUUGACCUCGGCGACGCCGGAGCUGGCAUCAUGGCGAACAAUCUCAAAUUAGGGUGUGACUGUCUCGGCUCAAUUUAUUAUCUGAAUGCAGUGCUUUCUGAUGAUAAAGGUGGGACUAUCAAUAUGGACAAUGUCGUAUGCAUUCAUGAACAAGACGCCGGCAUUGGUUGGAAGCACACCAACUACAGAACUGGACGAGCAGUCGUUGUUCGAAACAGAGAGCUUGUGCUACAGAGUAUCAUCACUGUUGCAAAUUACGAGUAUAUCCUGGCAUUUAUAUUCAACCAAGCGGGAGAAAUUACAUAUGAGGUUCGGGCUACUGGAAUUCUCAGCACGCAGCCCCUAGAUGACGGCGUCGAGGUGCCGUGGGGCACUGUGGUGCACCCAGGUGUCUUGGCCGCUCAUCACCAGCAUAUUUUCUCCCUUCGCCUAGACCCAGCCCUGGACGGAUAUGAUAAUAGACUGGUGUAUGAUGAAGCUCACGCCAUGGCCCCGUCUGAUUUCAAUCCGCUUUCCGUGGGAUACUACACGAAAGAGACCGUCGUCGAGAAGUCUGGUGGAUACGACGUAGACGUGGAUAAGAACCAGAUCUUCAAGAUUCAAAACGCAGCUGUAAAAAAUCCAGUAAACGGCAAGCCAGUUGCUUAUAAGAUCAUGGCUCCACCAUUCCAGAAGAUGCUAGCUCUGAAAGAAAGCUUCCACUACAAGCGAGCAGAAUUCGCGGACCGUUCUAUAUACGUCACACAAUACCGCGAUGGCGAGCUAUACGCUGGAGGCAAAUAUACCAAUCAGUCCCGCGGUGGUGCUGGUGUACGGGCCUGGGCCGACCGAAAGGACAACGUCAAGGACACCGAUAUUGUUGUCUUCGUCCAAUUUGGGAUCAAUCAUAUUCCAAGGAUUGAGGACUUUCCAGUCAUGCCUUGCGAAAUCUUAAAGGUGCACUUGAAGCCAGUGAACUUUUUCACUAAGAACCCGGCUCUAGACGUACCGCCCUCUGUUCAGUCAUUUAAUAAAUCCGACCUACUCUCAGAGGCACAUCACCAAGCGACCUCUACUCUCAAGGUCGACGAAGAUUCGUCAUGUUGCUCAAGCAAACUCUAGAUUUUAUGUUUUCCUCUCUAUAUGGUAUUGUUUUGGUAUUGAAUUCAGCAUUUUACUUUCAUUCUUUUGUUCUACAUCAAG